AUGGCAGCAAUUGAGGGGCACGCAAAUACCUGGACUGGUGACAAUGUCGCAUUCUCAAAUUGGGAGAUGGAGACAGGGCAGGUUAUCGACGAGGUCUGGACGACAUUCGAGAAACGAGGGGCCUUUCGCUCGUUAAACCGGCCAGCCCAAAAGACAAACCUGGCUGGUUUAAGUUCUUGUCUUCUGACUCGCUCGGAACCACCCUCGUACGACCUGCCUCCCCUUUACGAUGAUGUGGUUCAUGACCUCCCUCCCGAAUACUCCACGCUUCCACCUUUGGCAGGCAAGAAACCUAUGGCUUAUGCGGUGCCGACGGUGCGAGAAAAAUCGCAGACUCGGCCUUCGUCCCUCCUACGAGACUCCAUGUUGGAUAUCAAGAUUGAUUUUGAGAAUCUGACGGGAGUCAGGGAACACAAGAAGAAAAAGCCCGCUGCUGCGAAGAAGGCCGCACCGCCUACACCCCCUCCGCCACCACCACCGCCUCCUCCCGCCGAGGAUAACCCAGAUGAUAAUGCGGGUGGUGAUGGGGGUGAUGGUGGUGGGUCAGCUGGUGGUGGAGAUGGCGGCGGUGACGGUGGCGACGGGGGCGACGACUGGAACGGGAACGGUGAGAGCGACAAAAAGAAGGAAGAAGAGGAGGAGGAAGCACGACUCGCCAAGGAAGAGGAAGAAAAAAAGGCGGCAGAAGCUUCCGCUGCCAAUGACCUCAGCUGGGCCGAGGAAGGCGGUGGCGGUGACGACUCGUGGGCUGGAUUCGCAAGUGUCGGCAAAAAGAAAAAGGGAAAGGACGAAGCACCUCCGGGAGGGUUUCAAGACGUCAGUCUCAAUGACGGUGCACCGCAACUAGAUCUGAGCUUUGAUGCCCCGGCCCCUAAAACCGGGGGAACUGGAUUUAGUUUUGGGGGCUGGGGUAAAGAUUGGACUACUGGUAGCAAGGCUGAUCCUCUUGGCGAGGCUCCCAGUGAAGACACCAAAGACAAUAAUCCUUGGGGUGCCACAUCCAAAAAGAAAGGAAAGUCCGGGUUCGACUUUGGCGACCUUGGCUCUCCGCCUGCGGAGGAUACGAAACAAGAGGAUGAUUGGGGAGACGGCUGGGGUAUAUCCACCAAGGAUAAGAAGAAAGACGCCGAGCCAGCGCCAGAACAAGAGUCUCUGCCACCCCGGCCUGAGCCCCCGGUUAGAACUGAUUUCACCCAGGAAGCUUGGUAUUUAGGGAUGUCCAAAAAGGAACAACGGAAAGCCAAGAAAGAAAUGGAAAAGAAGCAGAAGGACGAGGAUGACGAGUAUGCGAAAGCUCUGGAAGACUAUGAAGCUCAGGUCGCAGCCGCAGCUGCAGCUGCACCUGAGCCUGAACCUGAGCCUGAACCCGAGCCCGAGCCUGAACCAGUGAUAGAGGAACCUCCACCUGCUACUGAGCCUGAAAAUGACUGGGGCUGGAAUGUCCCAGUCAAGACCAAGGACAAAAAGAAGAAGAAGAUUGAUCUCUUAGCUGACCCAGAACCCCCAGCCCCAGAUCCACCAGCGGCCAACGACGAUUGGAUGGGCGGAUGGGGAAUUACGGGAAAGAAAGACAAGAAGUCCAAGGAUCCGGAGCCUGUCGUAGAGGAACCACCAAAGGCUGAUGAGCCAGAUGACGCCUUCAGUGCCUGGGGCGUCCCGGUCAAGGAGAAGAAGAAGAAGAAAGGCAAAGUCGAACCGGAACCCGAGCCUGAGCCUGAGCCUGAACCUGAACCUGAACCCGAGCCAGAACCAGAACCAGAACUAGAACCGGAGCCUGCGCCUGUGCAUAACGAUCCCCUGUACGACGGCUGGCAUGACCUUUCUUCCAAGGACCGGAAGAAGCGUGAGAAGCAACUAAUUCGCAAGGGCCUCCCCAUUCCCGGAAAGGACUUCGAGCUUAAAAACCCUGCAGACGAACCACCUGAGGUGGUCCCGGAACCAGUUGAGCCUGAGCCUGAGCCAGAACCGGAGCCAGAACCAGAACCCGAGCCCGAGCCUGAACCUGAACCGGAGCCGGAGCCGGAACCGGAAAAGCCAGCUGAGGAUGAUUCCUGGGGUAUAUGGGGACCCGUCAAGGACAAGAAGAAGAAGAAGAAGGGUGGUGACAUCGAGCCCCCUCCGCCUGCACCAACACCCCCUGCCCAAGGCCUGACCCCGGAGCCGGAAUCAUUCAACGAUGAUGUCUGGGCAGAAUUGGCCCCUAAGACCUCCAAGACUACGAAGAAGACCAAGGCCAUUGAAUCACCCAAAGAGGAGAAAUCCAAGGGCAGCUUCUGGUCUGCUUUCACCGGUGGUACUACGAGCAAAUCUAAGUCUACUAAGAAGGCCAAGGAACCGGAACCAGAGCCAGAACCAGAACCCGAGCCUGAGCCAGCACCGGAAGAGGACUUGCUUAUCGACGUGGGCGAUGAAGCCCCCGUAGAACCAGAGCCGGAACCAGAGCCAGAGCCAGAACCUGAACCUGAACCUGAACCCGAGCCAGAGCCGGAGCCAGUACCCGUGAAGACUUCCAAGAAGGCAUCCAAAUUGAGUGUCGCCGAACGAAUCAGACAACUGGAGCAGGCUAAGAAAGAAAAGGCCAAGGAGGAGAAGUUGAAGAAGAAGAAAGCCCUCGAACCAGAGCCAGCUCCCGAACCUGAACCUGAACCUGAACCUGAGCCCGAGCCCGAGCCUGAGCCUCCUGCCGAGGAGCCUGUCCCCGUCAAGAAGAGCAAGUCCAAGUCCAAGAAGGAGGAUUCUCUUCCUGGAAGCUUCCCUGACUUUGGAGAUGACGUUGAACCCGAGCCUGAACCUGAACCUGAACCUGAACCCGAACCUGAGCCAGAGCCGGAACCUGAACCCGAGCCAGAGCCAGAGCCGGAACCAGAGCCUGAGCCUGAGCCCGAGCCACCAGCACCGGAUCUUUCCAAGAUGACAAAGAAGGAACUCAAGAAAUACAAGAAGGCUGAGGCUGAAAAAGCCGCUGCUGCAGAAGCCGCUGCCGCAGAGGCCGCAGCCGCAGCCGCAGCUGAAGCUGAAGCUGCUAGAGAGCCCACACCCCCGCCAGAAGAACCAGAGCCAGAGCCCGAGCCCGAGGCUGAGCCAGAACCAGAACCAGAGGCUGCCCCGGAACCUGAUGCUGAAGCCGAGCCCGAGCCCGAGCCCGAACCAGAGGCUGAGGCUGAACCAACUCCAGAAGAGCCAGCGGCAGAGGAUCCUCCCCCCACGCCUCCAGCAGAAGAAGCGCCACCGAAGCCUGCAAAGAAAGAACGAGCUCGUGUCGAUCGCAACGCGAAUACGUGGGGCUCAUUCUUUGGCGCUGCGCCCCCACCCAAAAAGCUCACUAAGAAGGAUAAGCCACGCGACGAGGAGAAGAAAAAAGAAUCCACGCGCGAGCGAUCUCCUGGCGCUGUACGGACUAAAUCCACCAAAUCCCGGCCCAAAGAAGCAGAAGCAGAAGUUGAAAAAUCAUCAUCCGAUCGGGAAAAGCGACGAGAACGAGAAGGCCGGCCAUCGAAGAACCAACGUGGUGUAGCCUUGGCUAACAUGGUUCUGGGCACGCCUCAGUCGAAAAGUAAAUCCAGUCGGAAACAUGAUUCAUCAUCGAAACCUGCAUCUAGACGUCCUUCAUUUGAUGAGAAUCUAGCACCAGAAGAGAAGGAGGUAUCUGACAAGGCUGCCAAAUUGAUGAUGAAUGGGAAACGGCGUGAGCGACCGCGCACGGAACGGCGGAAGUCCGCUCGUGACCCGUAUCCGAUUGAGGAUGAGGAUCUUGUCGUUGUCGAUAUGGAAGAUGCAGGGCUCUCACCAAAGGAAGACUCAAGAGGUUCGAAACGCAAGUCCAAGAGACAGUCACGACCAAGGCCCGACGAAGACGACACGGUGAUGGUUGACGCUGACCAAGCGCAACCCGCAGAAGUCAUCUCAGGACCCGACGACAUGGCAUUCGUAGAUGCGCCUCGGGAGCGUCGUCUCAAGCGAUCAAACACAGCACCACCGCCAAAGAAGCAAGAAAGUGGUGGCCUGAUGGGUCUCAUCGGCUCACUGCGAAAAACAGCCAAGCCAGAGAGGCCCGAGCGCCCUGAAAUGCCAGAUCGACGAAAGUCGCGCUCAUACCGUGACGAAGACAUGCGCUAUCCUCCCGAUGCGGAACGCGAUGCAGCCCGCAGAGCGCGUCGAGAAGAUCGACGCCGCGGGUCCGUCCGUCCAGACACCGACGCCGAAGGCUUCGUUACUGAUGCCCCAGGCCCAGGUCCAGAGGCAGAGUUCGAGGACCGCGAAGCGCGACGUGCAGCACGUCACUCGCGACAUGGAUCUCGCAAGGCGCCCUCUGCUGCUGAGACUCGGGACAUGGAAGCUCGAGAAUCGGAGGAGCGGCGCGCGCGCAGAAAGCAACGAGCACGUGAGCGCGCGCGCGAAGAGGAAGAGGAAGAUCGUAUGCGCGAAGAAAAGCGUGUUCGACGAGCUGCGCGUGAAGAACGUCGUCUUCGCGAAGAACAAGAGGCUCGAGAAGCAGAGGCUGCUGCUGCUGCCGCCGCCGCCGCGGAAGCCGAGGCAGCGGAAGAAGCAGCGCAGGCUAGAGCCGCUGAGCGUCGUGAGCGACGAAGAAUGCGCGACGAGGAGAUGAUGGCUGCUAAAAUGAGUCGUCGUCGUGCGCGUGAGGAGCAGGAGUACUUUGAGCAGCGGGAGGAACGCCGAGCGCGAGGCAAUCGGGAAGAUCCCAAGGACAGAGCUCGUCGUCACAGGUCGAAGGUUCCUCUUGAGCCAAACAGAGAGCCUUAUAUGACUGGUGGCGGCAAAGACAAGAUUUCUUCGUGGGUGUAUUCUCAAGCCGAUGAGCCUCCUGAGCCACCCCCAAUCAUGCCCACUGUCCUCGACAUGCCUCCCCCUCCCGAUGCUGGUGGGAAUGGCCACUCCCUUUCGUCGGAUGAGGAAGCACGACGUGCUGUGAGACGGAAGGCCAGGCGACGUGCCAAGUAUCCCGAGGAAGAGGAGGAUGCAAGAUCCCGAAAGAGGGACUCGCGCCGUGAAGGUGUGAAAAGCAGUUCCGGCAGUGGUGACUACGAGCGUGACCGAGCGAGAUCUCGACCUGGCAGUCGACAAGAAGCUCCCUCGGCGAAGAAGCCCAGCUGGUUCCGCAAACUGACGAAUCUUUGA